UCUUUCAAAAUAUUAAAAACAAACAAUUAUUAAACUAGACAUAAUGAAAACUUGUAAUAUUUAAAUUAGCUUAAUAUUAAAUUUAUGUCAAAAUUUAGCUAACGCAAAUUGAGAAAAUAAAAUUGUUUUCAAUGUUUAACAUUUCUUUACGUUUACCCGAAAAACAUUGUAAAUGGCAUCUACUGCGUUAUCUGCAUCAUCAGGCUAAUUGCUUAAGAUGUCGUGUUUCAGAUCCUUGUGACAGUCUGGAUUUUUAUUCAGGCUAUAGUUCCGGAACCAUGUCUGAAGUUGCGGAGAAAAUACGGCAACAGAUUGGAUGGGAAUCGCGCUAUAAUAGUAUUCCCAAAUGUCGAAGUGGUUUACUGAAAUAUCAACCGAAACGUGAAGAUUUGCCCAUUCGAUCUAUGAAGGAUUCAUAUACAACGGCUCUGUUGCCAUUAGGAUCAGAUGGAAGGAUACGUGAACGUUAUGUGAAUCAUUUGGGUAGAGUACGCAUGGGCCGAAUGAUGGAGGAGCUGGAUAUAUUUGCGGUUUGGAUAUCCCACCGGCACGUUAAAGUGCCCAAUUUACCCAAAAGCAUUCCCUUGCCUUACACCUUUGUCACUUUGAGGGUGGAUAGCGUUGAAUUUUUGCAUUGCAAUCAUAUGGGCAAUGUUGAUCUUAAGCUCUGCGGUCAUGUCUCCUGGACGGGCAAGAGUUCAAUGGAGAUAACAAUGUAUUUGCAACAGAAUGAACUUACCAUAGCAAAAGCCAUAUUUAUUAUGGUGGCUCGCAAUGCUACCAAUACAGGUCCUGCUCCAGUGAAUCCUUUGAAUCCGGCAGAUGAGCAGGAAGAACUCUGUUUGAAAUUAGCCACAGAACGAAGAAACGUUCGGCACAGCAAGCGAAAGCGUUCCAUCUUUGAGGUGCCACCAACUAAACAAGAGGAGGCCAUCAUGUAUAAUAUAUUCACUCGGACCAAACCUGAUGAUGAUCUGGAUAUAUAUGAACGACCAUUGCCACCAAAUAGUCGAUGGAUGUCAACAAGUUUUCAGAAUACAAUUUUGCAUUUAUUUCCCGAGAAUCUGAAUAGUCAGAACAACAUCUUUGGUGGCUACAUAAUGCGCAAUGCAAUUGAAGUUUCCUUCAUCACGGCUAGCAUUUAUACUAGUAGCAGUCCUUUGAUUAAAUACUUUUCGGAUGUAUUGUUUUUGCGUCCGGUACGGGUGAAUAGCUUUCUAAAAUUAUCCAGCUAUGUUGUCUAUACAUUUGGCAAGUAUAUUCAAUUGAUGACCAUUGCCAAUGUACUGGAUGCCAAUACAUUUGAGGAAGAGCAGACAAAUGCCUUUUAUCUCAUCUACGAAGCUGAAAAGGAGGUGCCAGAGGUUCUGCCCCAAUCCUAUCCCGAGACAUUGUGGUACAUUAAUGGUCGACGGCAAUUGCAUGCCUAUUUGGAUAAACAAAAGGAGCACGAAAGCAAUCAAUUGCCAGUCAAAGUGGACAUUCUUAAGACAACCAAAAAGGAAAAAGGUUGUUCAUAAAGAAUACGCCAAUCAUUUUGAUUGUUAUUUACCAUAUAUAAAGCAUGUACAUUUAUUUGUUUAUGAAAACUA